GGCGCGUUGGCCACCGCCGGCGAGACGCUGACUUUUUUCUUUUCUGUCUUCUGUUUUCCACGCGCCUGUUGCCCGUGACUCUGAAGACUCAAGCCGGACGACUGAGUUCAUGCGUUAACCACGAAAGAGCUUUUGUUCCACUCGACGUUGCCAAUCAACCUGGGAGCUUUCGCAGCGGCCGUCCUGAUCGAGGCCCACAGUGACGUUCGCCCUGAUUCUAUAUUGCCGAAUCCGCGAACCGGCUUCAACACCAAUUCACGAAUUGCGCCGUGACAUGACAGCCCAGAACACUUCCUCAGGGGUAUGAUAUCUGUGCCAAUGGGGCAGGCUGUCUUGGGCGACGGCCUUUGGGCCUCGCAGCAAGAUGCGCAAAAGAUCAUGUUCGAGACCGGUUCUUUCACUGGUUAUCGGCCCGGCGUAUUCGAGCUCGGGAGCGGUUAUCUAAGCGCAGCGCGUGUCUUCAAGCAGCCGUUUUGCGGAAACGAAGAGGGAUGGGGCCCCAUGAGUCCGUUUCGAUAUGACUUCACGCCGUGCUUCAUCGACGUGUGGGUGGCUACGGUGGCGGCGUUUGGCAUCGUCGUGGGUGCGAUUGCCGUGUGGUGGUUGCUGAAGAGGAAGCAACCGACUCCGGUGUCGAAGGACUGGCACUUCUGGACAAAGCAGACUCUACUUGGUCUUAUUAUCGCCGACAUUGCUGUGCAGUUGAUCCUUCAGAUCAUCAGUUACCAGGAGAUCUGGUACGGUGACUUCCGGGUCUAUACCACGGCAGCUACGAUCCUCUCGCUUUUCGUCAUCUUUGCGAUUCAAUGGCUCGAACACUCGCGAUUGCGCAACGCUAACGGCGUUGUCUUGUUCUACUGGCUGUUCCUCCUGAUCGCACUCGCCGUCAAGCUCCGGUCCUUAAUUUCUCAGCAAAUAUACGCGAAGAGCCUCCCAUACUUCGUGGCCUACUGUGUGGGGUUCGGGCUUUCCGUGGCCGAGUUCUUGCUUGAGUGGCUGUGGCCGAAGAAGAAUAGCACAUACGAGGCGUUGAUCGACGAGGAAGAGUGCCCGGUCGAAUAUGCCACCGUCUUCUCUCUCCUCACCUUCUCGUGGAUGACGCCCUUGAUGAAGUACGGUUACUCCACCUUCCUGACCGAGGAUGACCUCUGGGCCUUGGCCAAGAAUGAUAAGACUAAGUCAACUGGCGAGGCGUUCGAGAAGGCAUGGAAGCACGAGCUGGAGCAUCGAAAGCAUCCUUCGCUGUGGCGCGCCAUUUUCCGCGCUUAUGGCGGCCCCUACGUGCUUGCAGCCGUCUUCAAGAUUGGCAACGACGUAUCCCAGUUCAUGCAGCCGCAGCUCCUGAGGUUCCUGAUUGCCUGGGUCGUGUCCCAUCAACUUCCGGGACAGGAGCCGCAGCCCGUGAUUAAGGGCGCUGCGAUUGCUCUGGCCAUGUUUGGCGUCGCUGUCUUCCAGACUACAAUGAUCCACCAGUAUUUCCAGCUAGCAUUCGUUACUGGCAUGAGGAUCAAAGGCGGCCUAACGUCGUCCAUCUACAAGAAGGCGUUGAAGCUCUCGAACGAGGGCCGGGCGUCCAAGACCACGGGAGACAUUGUGAACUACAUGGCAGUGGAUGCUCAGCGGCUUCAGGAUUUGACGCAGUUUGCUCAGCAGAUAUGGUCUGCGCCGUUCCAGAUCAUCAUCUGCAUGUUGUCGCUCUAUCAGUUGGUCGGAUGGUCUAUGCUGGCAGGCAUCGCCGUCAUGAUCAUAAUGAUUCCAGUCAAUGGCAUGAUCGCUAGGUUCAUGAAGAAUCUGCAGAAGCAACAGAUGAAGAACAAAGACGCCAGAAGCCGUCUCAUCGCCGAAAUCGUCAACAACAUGAAGAGCAUCAAGCUCUAUGCCUGGGGUUCUGCUUUCAUGAACAAGCUCAACUACAUCAGGAACGACCAGGAGCUGAAGAACCUGCGCAAGAUUGGUGCCGGCCAGGCGGUUGCCAACUUCACCUGGUCCACUACCCCAUUCCUUGUCUCUUGCUCGACGUUUGCCGUGUUUGUGCUUACCGAGGACAAACCUCUAACGACAGAUAUUGUUUUCCCUGCUCUUGCGCUCUUCAACCUCCUCUCCUUCCCGCUGGCGGUCCUCCCCAUGGUCAUCACGUCGAUUAUCGAAGCCAGUGUUGCCGCCGGCCGUCUUACUGCGUACCUAAUUGCGGAAGAGAUCCAGUCGGAAGCUGUUGUUGCGAAGCCUGCUGUUGAUGCUGCGGGCGAGGAAACCGUGCUCAUCCGCGACGGUAGCUUCUCCUGGAACCGCCAUGAGGACAAGACCGUUCUGAAGGACAUCAAUUUCAGUGCCAGGAAGGGUGAUUUGUCCUGCGUGGUAGGCCGCGUCGGAGCGGGUAAGAGCUCUUUCUUGCAGAGCAUCCUCGGCGAUUUGUGGAAGAUCAAGGGCGACGUCGUCGUCCACGGAACGGUUGCCUACGUCAGCCAGUCGCCCUGGAUCAUGAAUGCCACAGUGCGCGAAAACAUCGUCUUCGGCCACCGUUACGACUCAAAUUUCUACGAGAAAACGGUGAAGGCUUGCGCUCUGCUGGACGACUUUGCCCAACUCCCUGAUGGGGAUGAGACAUUCGUUGGUGAACGCGGUAUCUCCCUCAGCGGUGGCCAAAAGGCCCGCGUUGCUCUGGCUCGUGCUGUCUAUGCGAGAGCCGAUGUCUAUCUCUUGGACGACUGCCUUUCUGCCGUCGACUCCCACGUUGGACGCCACAUCAUCAACAACGUCCUCGGCCCGAACGGUCUGCUCAGCUCAAAGACAAGGAUUCUGGCUACGAACUCGAUCCCUGUUCUUGUUGAGUCAGAUUACAUCUGUAUGCUCAAGGAUGGCGGAAUCAUUGAGAGAGGAACGUACCGGCAGCUCAUGGCGAUGAAAGGAGCGGUCUCCGAUCUGAUCAAGACCGCCGGCCAGAACGAAUCGGGCCAGAACUCAUUGAUUGCAUCGCCAGCCGAGAGUGACAGCGAAACCUCUACCGUUAUCGAGGCGUCGAGCAACAGCCAGGAUAAAGAGGAGCUGGAAGAAGCGCAGGAAGGAUUGGGCACGCUUCAGACCAUUAGGCCCAGCAAUGGCAGCUCUUCCUACCAAGCGCGGAAACCGCGGACUGGAAGCAUGGCAACUCUGCGGCGGGCUAGUGCUGCGAGCUUCAAGGGGCCCCGCGGUAAGCUCCACGAUGAGGAGGCGAACCCCAGCAAGACGAGGCAGGCGAAGGAGCACUCCGAGCAAGGCAAGGUCAAGUGGUCGGUCUACGCUGAAUACGCGAAAACCAGCAAUCUCGGGGCUGUUGCUGUCUACCUGAUAACCCUCGUCGCGGCCCAGACGGCGCAGAUCGCUGGAAGCUACUGGCUCAAGAACUGGGCUGAAAGAAACACCGAGGCUGGCGGCAACCCCGACGUCGGCAAGUACCUCGGCAUCUACUUCGUGUUCGGCGUCGGCGCUGCCGCCCUGACGGUUAUGCAGACGCUCAUUCUCUGGAUCUUCUGCUCCAUUGAGGCAUCGCGCAAGUUGCACGAGAGGAUGGCGACGGCUAUCUUCAGAUCUCCCAUGUCUUUCUUCGAUGUUACGCCGGCUGGCCGCAUCUUGAACAGGUUCUCGAGUGACAUCUACCGCGUCGACGAGGUACUUGCGCGGACAUUCAACAUGCUGUUCAACAAUCUGGCCAGGUCAGGCUUCAUUCUCGUGGUCAUCUCGGUCACGACGCCCCCGUUCGUCGCCCUGAUCGUUCCGUUGGGCGCCAUGUACAUCUGGAUUCAGCGGUACUACCUGCGCACAUCGCGAGAACUCAAGAGAUUGGACAGCGUGAGCCGCAGUCCCAUCUACGCGCACUUCCAGGAGUCGCUGGGCGGCAUCUCCACCAUCCGUGCGUACCGCCAGCAGGACAGGUUUGAGCUUGAGAAUGAGUGGCGGGUCGAUGCCAACCUUCGGGCCUACUUCCCUUUCAUCAGCGCCAAUCGGUGGCUGGCGGUGCGGCUCGAGUUCAUUGGCGCCGUAGUCAUCUUGGCGGCCGCCGGCUUCUCCGUUGUCGCCGUCGCCAACCACGGCAAACUGAGCGCGGGGGCGGUCGGCCUGGCUUUGUCUUGGGCCUUGCAGAUUACCACGUCUCUGAACUGGAUUGUGCGUCAGACGGUCGAGGUGGAGACGAACAUCGUGUCUGUAGAGCGCGUCCUCGAGUACGCGCGGCUGCCGAGCGAGGCCCCGGAGAUCAUCCACCGAAACCGUCCAGCGGUGAGCUGGCCGUCGCGAGGCGAGGUCGAGUUCCACAACUACAGCGCGCGGUACCGCGACGGCCUUGAUCUCGUGCUAAAGAACAUCAGCCUGGACAUCAAAUCGCACGAGAAGAUUGGCGUCGUUGGACGCACGGGAGCUGGGAAGUCUUCGUUGACCCUGGCGCUCUUCAGGAUUAUCGAGCCUGACACGGGGUACAUCAGUAUCGACGGGCUCAAUACGUCCACCAUCGGCCUGCUUGAUCUCCGGAGGCGUCUGGCCAUCAUCCCACAGGAUGCCGCUCUCUUCGAGGGGACCAUCCGGGACAAUCUCGAUCCGGGACAUGUCCAUGAUGACACGGAACUGUGGAGCGUUCUUGAACACGCUCGGCUAAAAGACCACGUCGCUUCGAUGGAGGGUGGCCUUGAGGCCAAGAUACACGAAGGAGGCUCGAACCUCUCCCAAGGACAACGCCAACUCGUCUCCCUCGCCCGCGCCAUGCUCACGCCAUCCAACAUCCUCGUUCUCGACGAGGCCACGGCCGCCGUCGACGUCCAGACGGACGCGAUGCUGCAGACCACCCUGCGCGGGCCGCUGUUUGCCAACAGGACCAUCAUCACGGUGGCGCACAGGAUCAACACCAUUAUGGACUCUGACCGGGUGGUUGUACUGGACAAGGGCGAGGUGGUCGAGUUCGAUUCACCCGCUGAGUUGAUCAAGGCGAAGGGGGUGUUCUGGGGGCUGGUGAGAGAGGCGGGGUUGUUGGAGGACUGA